CAGAGGCACUGCAAGCCUCGCCGUGGAUGCUGGCAGGGUAUGCAGCUGUUUUUGGGCUUUCGCUUCAUGUGACUUUGUUUCGUCCGUCGCUGUUUAUCGUGGAAGAAUAUCUCUACAAGUUGUUGGGGCUAUAUGCGACUGCCGUCAUUGCUGCUGCUUUCGCAUUCUUUACCGUCACUGAGUUUUCUGUGCUGCAGAUUAUCGCAAGAGUCGGUUUAAUUGCACUUUCAUUCAACACCGGCUUCAUCUUCAGUCUCAGUCUUUAUCGAUUAUUUUUCCAUCGUCUGCAUCGCUUUCCAGGCCCUGUUGCGUCCAAACUCACCCGCUUUUACGAUGCGUGGCUGGCAGGGAAGAAUGUGCAGUACAAUGUCGAGAUAGACAAACUGCACAGCCAAUAUGGCGACUUUAUCCGGACUGGCCCCCGCGAAAUCUGCAUCGUCCGCAAAUCCGCCGUCCCUCUGCUGUUUGGCCCUCAAUCCGACUGCCUCAAAUCGACUUAUUAUGCGCAGGCAUCGCCGGACCCGAAGAAAUGCUCUGUCCAUCAUACGCGCGACUUCGACGAUCACAGACGGCGACGGAAGGCGUGGGAUCGGGGAUUCAGCAUUAAGGCGCUGGGAACAUACGAACCACGAAUUAAAACCAAGGCCGACCUGCUCGUUUCACACAUCGAAUCGAACAUCGACAAACCCCUCGAUGCAACUCCCUGGUCGAUGUUCCUGAGCUUCGACAUUAUGGGCGACGUGGGCUUCGGAAAGGACUUUAACAAUCUCACAACUGGAAUUGAACAUCCGGCGAUCAAAGGUGUGCAUGACCAUAUGGCUGUUUUGGGUGUUUUGGGCCAUGUUCCGUGGCUGCUGAAUGUGCUGGGCUGCAUUCCUGGUGCAACGGCGGGGUAUUCGGGCUUCUUUAAAUGGUGUGCGGAUGAGAUUGAGAGUAAGAAGGAGCGGUGGGACUCGGAGGAAUAUCCUCAAGAUGUUGUCUCGUGGUUAUUGAAGGCAUUCGUAGAGAAAGAUGUUUCUGCUGCUCCGACGGAAGAUUGUCUGCAUGAAGAUUCGCGAGUUGUCAUUGUCGCUGGAAGUGAAACAACCGCAACGACCCUCGCCAACGUGCUCUUCUAUCUCGCCAAAUACCCAGCUGUCCUCACAAAACUCCAACAUCUGCUCGACGAAGCCAUGCCCGGUGGCCCUGAUGACUGGGAUUACAAAAAGAUCAAAGACAUCUCCUUCAUCGACGACAUCAUCAAUGAGACACUCCGUCUCCGACCCGCCGUCAUGACGGGUGGCUAUCGCGUGACUCCUCCCCAGGGCAUCCAGGUCGAUGAAGUCUACAUCCCCGGGGACGUGAAUGUCUUUGUGCCAGUGCAGUGCAUCCAGACCGACGAACGAUACUAUAAACAGUCAAAGCAAUUCAUCCCGGAGCGCUGGGAUGAGCGAAAACAGGAAUUGGGGACUGAGGGAGCUCCGUUUUUGCCGUUUUUACUGGGACCAUAUGUCUGUCCCGGCAAGAAUCUGGCCAUGAUGAGUCUUCGUAUUUCCAUCUCAACAUUGGCCCAGAAAUACAAUAUUACUUUUGCGCCUGGUGAGACCGGAGAUGCGUUCGACAAGGGUGCGCUGGAUACGUUUACGACUACGCUGCCUCCAUUGCAGAUGAUGUUUCAGCCGAGAUAGCCGUAUUAGGAAUAUGGGGUAGAUG